AUGGCUCUCUUUGGGCCCAUAUGGGAAUCCGACCUCUUCCUCCCCUCCCUCCCCACGCCCUCAUCCAAUCACCCCCCUCGGCCCCCCUUCCUUACUCUCCAAAACCUCUCCUUACGCUCAGCGACCAACACCCCUAUAGGACUGGACGACUUCUCGCUCUCGUUUGGUGUCAACUUUCCCGAGCAUUCUCAGCCGUUCUGGCGUGGCGUCGUCGAGCUCAAUGCUAGGGCAUAUGGAUGGGUUAGGUCUGAGGCGCUGGAUAGAGUCGGGGGGCAGGAGGCGAAGAAGUCCGUGUGGAGACAUGGUUUGGUCGUAAGAGUCAUCGUACAAGGGAAAUGGAGGAUGAGCACAUUUGAUGACAAUUAUGCGAGAGACCUACGUCUAGAGGAAGGGACAGACGCAGUCGUCAUGCAUACACGCGAGCAUAAGAGAUAUCAUGUCCUCUCUAUGGAGGCGGAGUGUUAUGCCCGCAGCAGAGUGACGCUCGAGCGGGGCUUGCUGGUAAACUUCGUCGUUAUGUGUGGGACGAAAUGGGCCCAUGAACAGACUAUCCGGUUUCUUGUCGAUAAGUAUAAGCAACUAUACAAAAAGUCCCACACCGACGAAGCGUUCUUCACUGCGGACAUCUACCAUACCCUCGUCGCCCAUUCCUCAUGGCUCAAAGACCACUGGACGAACGAACGCUGGCGGAACGCCGAGUACGCGAAACGUGUCCAGAUACCGCGUGAGGACUGGGAAACGUUUUGGCGGGCGGGGAAGGAAGCGCGGGCGCGGGCGCAGGGGCAGGGCAGGACUUGGGGCGUCAAGCGGAAACUCGGGGAGGAGAAGAAGAGAAAGCGAGGGGCGAGUCCAGGAGGGAGCGGGAAGAGGCGGAAGGUGGAAAAUGGGCAACGGAGGCCUGGUUUUGCCAGACCGCCCAGGUCAGGGCAGUCUUCGACCGCUACGCCGCCCCGCUCGACAAGAUCCCGCAGAACAGUGGAGGAGAUCGACCUCUCCGGAGAUGUCAUUACCAGAACAUGUGUUGUUCCCCCUCGUUCUCUCCAGAGGCGCAGGAAUCCCCGCCGACAAAACGAAACUGUAGACCUGGACCUCACGCUCCCCGACUCGGACGACGAGGUUGAAUCUCUCCCGUCCCCGCAGUCUGCCAACCGACCUACACAAGACGACGAGAUGGAAGUUGACCAACUAGACGAAGCCUACGACAGCUCCAAAGCUUCUGGGCCAGACCUAGGAGGACUGUUCACCCCCCCUCCCGGAAAUUCAGACACAGAAAUGCGCCCCGUUUUCCCUGAGCUGGCUAGUCCUCGCCGGCCCCGGAAGACAGCAGGCCGGUGGAAUACCCAAGCUGCAUCUAUCAUGCCUUUCUUUCCAAAGGAACUCCCUGUUCCGGAGCAAGCAAACCUAUUGCCCGCCUACUUCACCCACAAACCCGUUCUCUCCCCUUCCUACACCUGGACAUGCCCCUGCCCCUCUUGCAUCUACACGAUGGAUUUCCUCCGGCCCUCCCCUUCCUUCCUUGCCACCUUGCGGCCAGAUCAAGUGCAGAUGGCGUUGAGUGUGCAUUCGGGAUAUACGAGCGCCAAGCUCAACGGGAUCUUUUAUGUUAAGGUCAAGGAGCACUUUCUGGAGCAUGUGAAAGAGAUGGGUAUGGGGCGAUGGGGGAGGCCGAAGAUGGACGAUGGGGAGAUGUGA